AUGGUGUCUCAAGCAAUUCAACUUUUAGUUGAUAAAAACAAGGCUAGCAGCUUAUUCAAAGAGACAUUCACAGGUCCCACUUCUCUUUAUCUUUGCUUGGCACAAAGACCACAAAGAUUUCUGAAAAGAAACAUAUCAUAUAUACAACGAGCACGGAAGAGCAUAAAGAACAUAAAACAUAAACGAGAAAAGAUAAUUCUAGAGGAAAUAUGUCAAAGACGAGCAAUAGAGGAGAGCACAUAUGAACUAAGUCGUUGUAAGCGUUCGCUUUGCCUCAAUAUAGAACGAUUAAAUCCACCCGGUUGGUUUGGGGAAGAAUGGACAAGACACGAGACGCAAUUGAAACUUAUUUGUGAAGUCUUACUAUAUCGCGUAACGAAGGAGGAACGUGAGAGACUAACUCCGCGUAAAAGACGAUUUCGAAAUAUUAGUGAUAUGUGUGAUUAUCAGCUAGUACAUAGACACCGCGUGAAUUUGGCCUACGUUAAAGGCCGUGAGCGUAUAUUGUUGGUCUUUCCGGAGAAUAAUUUUGAUCCCGUUGGCGACAAUAUUGAAGAUUUUAUCCUUAGCAUUUGUGUAUAUUCAGAAAACUAUAAGACAUGGCCUCCGAUGGCGAGCAGGGCAAUUGAUGUCGAUGUAGGACGUAGCAAGCAGUAUAAUAUAGUGCGCGAGAUGUUGAAUGGAAUGGAUCGCAACAGGGUGUUAUGGGCUCAGAUGAGUUUACUGGACGAUGGAGAAUGGAUCAACGAUGGGGAGUAUGAAUUGAACAUGAUGAUGACGGAAGGCCAACAUAUAACCAUCCCUUCGUUAUGGAGUAUGGACAUUUCGUUGGAAUGGGAUUUCAAAUGCCAUUUCAGCCUUCGACCUCUCGAGGAGAAUUUACCGUUAACUUAUUGGUAUGAUGUUAAUGGUCCGGAAUUCACUGUUACAUAUACCUACCGCGUUGCUGAUUGCGAGCUAAGUGCAACAUACAGAGGGUAUAAUUGUCCAUGGUGUACUGGAUAUGACUUUUAUAACGUAAUCUGUCUGUUAUCUCAUCUCCGUAAUGCGCACGUACAUCUGAAAUUUACUUGCAAGAUACCAAAACAACCACUUCCUACGGAUAUAACUUGUCUGGUUACUUAUAAUGAAGACAAUUGUGAAUCCGAUUAUUUCCUUGUGGAUGAUAAAGAUCGAUUACUUGUUCCCAAGCCAUUUGAAUAUCCGUUAAUACAAUAUAGUGCGCCGCGAGUCGAACUGCCUCUGAACAACUGUUAUCAUUCACGUUCGUUUAUACCUUUCAAGGAAGACGAGGGUGGCUACAAUUCGGAAGAUGAUGUGUGUACUCAUUGGUUGGAUCAAUGGUUUGAUGAGGGAUUGAACGAAAAAGACAUCACGGACGAGGAAAAAUACAUGAUAAGGCUAUGGAAUAGAUAUCUAUCGCAAUUGGAAACCAAUGGCGAUUGUCAUUUGUCGGGCCUAUGCAUCCAAUUUGCGAAAACACGAGCCCGAGACAUUUCUGCAUAUAAUUUAAGAAUGACUUUUGCGAGGCACCUGCUUCAGAUGGCAGGGGCCCAAGAGUAUAGAGAUGGUGCCAAGCCUAACAGUGAGGCAUCUGGAUCGCAAAUGCGAAAGUUGGCAAAGGACAUUGUGUUGAUAGUUGAAUGUAAAUAG